CCUCCUUCCUCCUUUCAUACAAUUACUCGCCAUGUCCUCUGGUCUGGGUCUCGAAAUCGUUGGAAUCGUCAACAAGCUUCAGGAUGUCUUUAGUGCCGUUGGUACCAGUGCGACGCAGAUUGACCUGCCACAGAUAUGUGUGAUUGGUAGUCAGAGCUCGGGGAAAAGUAGUGUGCUUGAGAAUAUUGUUGGACGUGACUUCUUGCCUCGUGGGACUGGUAUUGUAACACGAAGACCGUUGGUGUUACAACUCAUCAACCGUCCGGCACCCCAGGUGAACGGUGCAAGCCCACAACCAAAUGGUUCUGCUGACGCUGCAGGCGUAGAGAACAAGACUGAAUGGGGCGAGUUUCUCCACCUUCCCGGCGAAAAAUUCUACGACUUCAACAAGAUUCGUGCGGAAAUCAUUCGCGACACGGAAGUCAAGACAGGACGCAACGCAGGCAUCUCGCCAAUACCUAUCAAUCUGCGUAUAUUUUCACCCAAUGUGCUGACGCUUACGCUUGUCGAUCUGCCUGGUGUCACACGAGUGCCCGUUGGUGACCAGCCUCGCGAUAUUGAGAGGCAGAUUAAGGAAAUGCUAGUCAAAUACAUCUCGAAGCCCGCGUGUAUUAUUCUUGCUGUCACUGCGGCCAAUACGGACUUGGCAAACUCGGAUGGCUUGAAGCUUGCUCGCGAGGUUGAUCCAGAAGGGACGAGAACGAUUGGUGUGCUGACAAAAGUAGAUUUGAUGGACGCCGGUACAGACGUCGUAGAUAUUCUCGCUGGGCGAGUUAUUCCUCUUCGUUUGGGUUACGUUCCAGUGGUCAAUCGUGGGCAACGAGAUAUUGACCAAGCGAGAUCUAUUCAAAACGCACUUGAAGCUGAACGUCAAUUCUUCGAGAAUCAUCCAUCUUACAAGGGGAAGAGCGCGUAUUGCGGUACACCCUUCUUAGCUCGUAAACUCAACAUGAUCCUCAUGCACCACAUCCGAGCAACGCUCCCUGAUAUCAAGCAACGUAUCUCACAGCAAUUGGCCAAGUACAAUGCCGAACUUCAAUCAUUGGGUGGACCAAUGGGCGACGGCAACUCGAGCAACAUUGUCCUUUCCGUCAUUACAGAAUUUACCUCGGAGUUCCGGACAAUGAUUGAUGGUAAUACGAAUGACUUGUCUGUAAACGAGCUUUCAGGAGGUGCUCGUAUCGGCUUUGUCUUCCAUGAGUUGUUCAACAAUGGUGUCAAGUCAAUUGAUCCGUUCGAUCAAGUCAAGGAUGGUGAUAUUCGUACCAUCUUGUAUAACUCUUCGGGCUCUACACCAUCUCUCUUCGUUGGCACGACCGCUUUUGAAGUAAUUGUGAAGCAGCAGAUAAAGCGACUAGAAGAGCCAUCUUUGAAGUGCAGUCAGCUCGUUUACGACGAAUUGAUUCGUAUCCUUGGCCAACUGUUGGCAAAAGUCCAAGCCUUUAAGCGGUUCCCGCAACUUAGAGACCGUUUCAAUUCCGUAGUCGUGAACUUCUUCAAGACCGCCAUGAACCCGACGAAUAAACUCGUCACGGACAUGGUCUCAAUGCAAGCAUGCUACGUCAAUACGACACAUCCCGAUUUCAUUUCCGGCCACAGGGCUAUGCAAAUCGUCCAGGAUCGUUUGAACGCGAACAAACCACCUCCACCUACAGUUGACCCCAAGAGUGGCAAGCUUGCUCCUGGUGCAAUCAACAAUAACAAAGACCUUGAUGUCGACAUGAAGAAAGACGAGCCGAGUUUCUUUGGGUCUUUCUUCGCGGGAGGAAAGUCUUCAGCUACGAAGAAGAAAGGUGGACCGAUAAUGGAAUCGACGGGCUCUUCGCGUCCUUCGACUCCGACGAUGUCGGUUAUGGAACAGCCACCUCCUGUUAUUCGUCCCCAGGCUGCGUUGAAUGAACGUGAGACGAUGGAGACGGAGGUUAUCAAACUUCUGAUUCAGUCAUACUUCAACAUUGUAAAGCGCGAGAUGAUCGACAUGGUACCGAAAGCGAUCUCGCUGACCCUCGUCAACUUCUCAAAGGAGAAUUUGCAACGCGAGCUCUUGCAAGAGCUGUACAAGCCAGACGUGUUGGAUGAACUUCUGAAAGAGUCAGAGUUUGUUAUCAACCGUCGUAAGGAGGUCGUGUCGAUGGUACAGGCUUUGAACAAGGCUGAAGAGAUUGUGGCAGGAGUGUGAGGAGGCUGUCCAAUAGAUGACCUAUAAUUUUACUUGGAGUUUUUCAUUCUCUUCUCCUCUUUCCCUCUUACAUGAUGUCGUUUUGUUACAUACUGCAUACACCUUUGUUCGUAUGGCUGUUUAAUAUAGUUUAAUACCCUUC